GUCAAGAGGAAGAGAAGGCGUUUCCACGCGCUCUGCUAUAAAGAGUGAAGCAAUCCGUGUUGAUGUUCGGAUUUGUCUGAAAAGGCAAGGCAAAAAACAAGCAAGCAGAUAUGGAAAGUCACAGCAAGGGAGUGGAAACGAAACAAUACGGACAUACAGAAGAGCCAGCAGCUGCUACUAGUCUUAUGCUGGAACCAGUGGGAGCAAGUGAUCAGGAAGAACAUACCAAAAGUGCCAGCAGGAGGAAAAGGACAAAGAAAUGGAAAAUACUCGCAGGGGUGCUGGUGCUAUGUUUGCUGAUUAUAUUGCUGGCAAUAAUCUUGGGAUUAAAACUUCAUGAAAGAGGUCAAGUAUGGACAUGUGCGAAACACCGUUGUGGUGAAGAACAUGUCUCCGGAAGCUAUUGCUCCUGCUCUGAUGAUUGUUUAAGUAAAGGAGAUUGCUGUGCAAACUAUAAUAACAUCUGUAAAGGAGAGAAAAGCUGGGUGGAAGACAAAUGUGAGGACCUGGAAACACCCACCUGUCCAAAAGGAUUUUCAAAACCCCCCGUCAUCUUGUUUUCAAUGGAUGGCUUCAGAGCAGAAUACUUACACAAAUGGGGGCAUCUCCUCCCCACAAUAGGAAAACUGAGAACCUGUGGAACCACUACCCCUUAUAUGAGACCAGUUUAUCCCACAAAGACCUUUCCCAAUCAUUAUACCAUUGUUACAGGGUUGUAUCCUGAAUCCCAUGGCAUUGUGGAUAACCAUAUGUAUGAUGUAACUCGUGAUGCCAUCUUCAGCCUUAAACUGCCUGAGAAGUUCAAUCCACAAUGGUACCAAGGACAGCCUAUCUGGCUGACUGCUAUGUACAAUAAUUUGAAAGCUGGCACAUAUUUCUGGCCAGGAUCAGAUGUGGCAGUUAACGGGACCUUCCCAAACUUCUACAAGAAUUAUAGCAAGGGCGUCUCCUUUGAAGAAAGAGUUGCAACUGUGUUUAGAUGGUUGGGCUUACCUGAGGAAGAGAGACCUCAGUUUUACACACUAUAUGUAGACGAACCUGAUUCUUCAGGGCAUCGUUACGGACCAGAUAGUAGCUGGGUAAAACAAGCUUUGCUUAAUGUAGACAAAGUGAUGGAACUGCUAAUGGAUGGCCUAAAACAGAGAAACUUGCAUAAAUGCACUAACCUUGUUAUUGUAUCUGAUCAUGGAAUGGAAGAAGCUAGCUGCAGCAGAGCUGAAUAUGUGUCAAAUUACCUGGACAAUGUAAAUGACUUCACAGUAAUUCAAGGGCCUGCAGCUCGUGUGAGACCAAAGAAACUUCCUGAUAACUUUUUCACUUUUGACUAUGAAGGACUUGUGAAAAACUUGUCGUGCAGAGUUCCUGAUCAGCGUCUAAAACCUUAUCUGACGCAUCACCUCCCAAAGCGCUUCCACUUCGCCAACAACGUGAGGAUCGAAAAGGUCCAUUUUUAUAUGAAGUCGCAGUGGCAGGCAGCCUUGGAGCCUGGAGGCCUCAAAUAUUGCACUGGAGGGUUCCACGGCUCAGAUAACAUGUUCAAAAAUAUGCAGGGAAUAUUCAUUGGCUAUGGGCCAGGAAUCAAAUCAAACACCACUGUGGCUCCAUUUGAAAAUAUUGAAGUUUAUAACCUUCUUUGUGACUUGUUAAAUAUCUCACCUGCCCCAAACAAUGGAACUCAUGGGAGCCUGAACCACAUUUUGCGAAGGCCCUUUUAUACUCCCACCUACCCAGAUGAGCAGUCCCAUCCUUCAACGUGUUCCAAGACACGACCGACUUUACUCAAUGACCUGGGAUGUUCCUGCAGUUCUCUCACUGAAAAUGAGGCAGAUGGUCUCAACCAACAGCUUCUCCAAACCACAGCUUCAAAAACAGCAGACCUCCAUUUACCAUAUGGAACUCCACAUCUGCUGCAGAAAAACGCCACAUAUUGUAUUUUGCAUCAAUUAGACUAUGUCAAUGGAUACAGCAAGGAUUUGUUCAUGCCCCUGUGGAUAGCAUACACCAUUCAAGCUUCACAAAGCAUCAGUCCCUUGAAUCCGAAAACAGGAGAAUGUUUACGAGCUGACAUUCGAAUCCCAGACAGCCAAAGUCAAAAGUGCUCCAGCUACGGCACUGACCAGAAUUUUACCUUUGGUUUCUUACACCCUCCAAAUUUUGGAACCCAAGACAGAGAGCCAGACUCAUUACUAACCAGCAAUAUUGCACCAAUGUAUAAUGCAUUCAAAGAUGUGUGGGUCUACAUUCACGAUGUUCUGCUGGUGAAAUAUUCCCAGCAAAAAAGUGGCCUUAAUAUCGUCAGUGGACCUGUGUUUGAUUAUGACUAUGAUGGACACUUUGAUACGAAAAAAACAAUCAAGCAGUAUGUCACAGGAAUGGAAAUCCCCAUUCCCACUCACUAUUAUCUAAUUCUGACCAGCUGUAAGAACUCCAGCUUUUCCCCAACUGACUGUCAUGGCCAGUUGGAUGUUACGUCCUUUGUACUUCCUCACAGGCCUGACAACAGUGAGAGUUGCCCUUCUGGGAGCAGCCUGCUGUGGGUUGAGGAGUGGAUGAAGUUCCAUGUAGCUCGAGUGCGAGAUAUUGAACUACUGACUGGACUGAGCUUUUACCACAACCAGGGGCCAGUGGAAAAAACUUUACAGCUAAAAACCUUUUUACAGACAUUUCAGAGUCAAGAUUAACAUCUAGUGAAGGAGAAUAUUUUGUAUUUUUCUCCUGCAUAGUGGAAUAAAGUUCAGUGCUUUUUUGGUAAAAUUUGAAAUUUGUUUUUUGCCACCUGAACAGUUUUUAGCUUCUACUUGCCCAUCAGGCAAAAGGCAAUGUGUUUCAUGCUCUUAUUUUUUUUAUGCAACAAGGUAAAUAUGGGAUAGAAUUUGAUGGGUAAUGAGAAAAUAAACUUAAUUUUUUUUAA